GUAGGCAUUAGUUCAUCAUUAGGCCCAUCUGUAAUAUUAGCACUUUGAAAAUGUCUUUGUUUUUUAAAUGUAUACUUGGAGUUGCUUUGCUGGCCGUUUUUGUGGAGGGGCACGAUAAAGUGGUAGUGUGCUACUACGGCACGUGGGCCACCUACCGCUCCGGCGACGGCAAAUUCUCCGUCUCCGACAUCAACGCCUCGCUCUGCACCCAUCUCAUUUACACCUUCGUCGGGAUCAAGGACGACGGGACUGUCGUCUCGCUCGACCCCUAUCUUGAUCUGCCCGAUAACUAUGGUCUUGGCACUUUCAAGAAAUUCAACGAGUUGAAGCAACAGAACGCCCGGCUGAAGACCAUCCUGGCCGUCGGCGGAUGGAACGAGGGCUCCGCUAAAUACUCCACGAUGGCAGCCUCCGCUACCCUCCGCAAGACCUUCAUCACCACCGCCAGAGACAUGGUCUUGACCUACGGCUUCGACGGCUUAGACUUGGACUGGGAGUACCCCAACCAACGGGACAGCACCCACGGAGCUGAUGAUGUGAACAACUUCUCUUUGUUGCUGAAGGAAUUGAGGGAAGAGUUCGAUAAAUACGGACUGUUGAUAAGUGUUGCUGUUGCCGCCUUGGAGACGAGUGCUUCGCUGUCUUACGAUAUCCCGACUAUGGCCAAAUGCCAAGACUCUAAUGAUAGUUUACUCUUCUCUAUGCCAGUCACUGGCAAAACAGCUAUGCUAAAACUGGAGCGUGCCCAACGCGCUGUACUAAAGGUUGCAAUGGCUAAACCCUUCAGAUAUCCGACAACUCAACUGUACGCCGAAUGCUGUCCUCCAGAAAAACUUGUAAUGGGCGUACCUUUCUACGGCAGAACUUUCACCUUGACCGAUGCGAAUGUCAACGGGGUCGCGGCUCCAGCUAGUGGGGUUGGCUUGGCUGGACAAUACACUGCUACGAAUGGCUUCAUAGGAUACAACGAGUUCUGCAAUAAACUGAAGACGGAGACCUGGGACGUCCGUUACGAUUCCGUAGCCCAAGUGCCAUACGCAGUCCAAGGCAAGAACUGGGUCACCUACGAUGACCCUAGUUCCUUGGUCAAGAAGGUGGAAUAUGCCGUGAACCUCGGCGUCGCCGGCGUCAUGGUGUGGAGUAUUGAAACUGAUGACUUCCACGGGAGGUGUGGAGAGGACUUUGCUUUGUUGAGAGCUAUUAAUACAGCUUUGGCUUAAUCAAGUCAUUAGCGCCAUCAGCAUUAUAAAUUCAAGAAGAUCCAAUAGCCAACCCCGACGAUUGCUCCACCUUCUUCACCUGCGGCCAAGGAGACCAUGGCCUGGGAUCCAGGCUCAUGGAGUGUCCAGCAAAUCUGGAGAUAAGAAGUACAUACAUACAUCCAUACAUACAUAUAAUCACGUCUACGACACCCACGGGAAAAAAGGGGGUGCUGAAAUUCUUAACCCGUCACCACACGGGGAUAAUAACUACUGCAAUUUUAAGUACCUUGUCAAAUAUUAAGCUUGGAACACAAAAAUGGGUCUUUGGAAGUUCCUUUAUUUUAAUUAAAUUUGACCUACAUAUGAAAAAUGUAUCAAUAAACCACAAUUAAUCAAAA